AUGUCUUUAUUUAAUGAAGAUGAAAUCAAAAUCGUGUGGUAUUUGUCCACUAUAGGAAAUGAAAAGUCUUAUAGGAAGGUAAAUAAAGUUAACUUGGUCAAUGUAUCAAUUCCUAAAAUUGUGGAACAAAUUGAUGAUUCAAUUAAUUUAAGAUUGUCAUCCAACUUGAUGUAUGGGUUGUCAGUACUUUACAAAUUGAAGACCAACUUCUUCUACAACGAUUUAACCUUCUUGAAAACUCAAUUUAUCACGUCUCCUUUCAAAGUUUCUACCGACUUAACUGAUCAUAAAGUCAAAGCACUCAACAAUUUCUUGAAGGAUGACAAGAGCUUCGUGAUUGAAGAUUUGGUUCCUCGAUUCCACCCUGAUGAUAUCGAAUUAGGAAGAAGAGGAUUUCAAAAUGAUAUCCAUGGUUUUCAAGAAUUUCCUUUUCAGAUCAACUUACCAGGAUAUGAGAACAUCAAUGAUGAUUAUGAUAUGGAACUCAACUUGACUAAUAGGAGUACCAUGUUCAGUGAACCUAUGUUAGAUAAUUUCGAUUUGGAUUUCGAUUUGAAUUUAGAUUUAGAUUUGAAUUCUUCUUCAAGUGGUAUCAAAAACCUUCAAAAAAUUAACGAAUUGCCCGUGGCAACUAAGGUAGAUGUUAACUCGAACAAAAGAAAGUUCAAGUUGAUAAUUGACGAAGAGCUUAGAUUAUCCACCUCCGAAUUUGAUGAUUUUAAAAAUAAUUAUGAAAUUAUCAUGGAAAUUCAAAGAUUAAAAAAACAAUUCAAAGGCAAGCAUCCGUUUGAUAGAGAUAUUGAAAUCGGAAGAAAGUUAGUUGAAGAGAUCAGGUAUGAUAUGGAAAGUGAAGAAGGAAUUUUUGAUUAUGAGCAAAGUGUCGAUGAUGAUGCAAGGUUUGAGCUUUCAUUUCCCGAAUUAGACCUCUCGGGAGUUAGGACCAAUUCAUUAUCCAGAUCUACUUCGAGGUCAAAUUCUAUUUACGGUCCAAUUUCAGGGAUUGACCAAACCAUUGAAGAGAGUAAUAGAUUUUUCAAUUAUUUGAAAAAUUUCCAAUCGUCUCUUCUUAAGUUUUCUGAAGUUUGUCCCCCUAGAUGUACAAAAACUUUGGUUUGUAAAUCAUUUAUGUCCGUUUUAGAGUUAUCUACCAAUAACUCCAUUCAUCUUAAUGUAGAUGAAUCAAAUGAAACUGAAUUGAUGGAAUCCCACAACAUCAGAAUAAUGUUUUAG